CUGGAUGACUAAAAAUCUUAGCUUGAGCUCGGCCCGAAACCAUUAGCCGAUCCAUAGGCCGGUCCAGUAAUAAACGACAGCAUUUGGGUCCCAGAGUCUCCACAUUCAGACAAGGUGAGUUCAUUUCCUUCUCAAUAUCCCUCACACCCUCUGACUCAGAGACACUUGAACGAGUCGAGCUCCAACUUAGAUUAUCGAAAUGGCAUUCACGUUGAGAAGCGUAAAGGUACCGCCAAACUCAGCGAGUUUGGAAGAAGCAAGGAGUCGGGUGUUCGAUUUCUUCAAAGCAGCUUGUAGAUCAAUACCAGCUAUUAUGGAUAUCUAUAACCUAGACGACGUCGUAACCAAAUCCCAGCUCCGUUCCACCAUCGCCUCCGAGAUCCGUAAGAACUCCCAUGUUACUAACCCUAAGGUAAUUGAUUUGCUGCUCUUUAAGGGUAUGGAAGAGCUGGGCAACAUUGUGGAGCAUGCAAAGCAACGGCACCACAUCAUUGGUCAGUAUGUACUGGGUCGUCAAGGGCUUGUUCAGGAUUUGGACACCAAAGAUGAAGGCAUGUCUGAUUUUCUGAAGAAUUUCUAUAAAAGCAACUACUUUUGAACAUUCAAUUUUUAUGGACAUUUCAUGGGGUUUGCAUUUGAAUCUGGACUCGAUAAUAAAUAAAUAUUGUACCUGGAACUGCUUCAGAACCUUUCUCUGUUCCUUUCUGUUGGGCAAAAGUCCAUCAUGUUUAUUCCUGUAGAAAACUAUGAAUAUCCCUUUUUUUUUUAUGGCUGAUGUCUUCACAAACUCGGAAAAGCGUGCUCGAGUUCUGGUAAAUAAAGCUUAUCAGAAUUGUGUCUUA